UGCCUCCGCUCAGACCCCUCCUGGCAGCCUCCUACACUCCCCCCGUCUCUACGAAAACACUUUCGGGAAGAAUAAAGUUUUUCUGUGCUCAGCAGCCAGUUUUAACUCUGAGCCAAACCGUGGCCUAGCAGGAAGAACGGCUUGACUAUGUGGAGAAAGAAACAGGCACUAGGGGAAUCCUUGGCUUGUCUCGUAUUUCUCGUGACGCUCGUCGAUGCUCAUCGAUUCCUGAACCAUAACACAGCCUCCCAGUUCCUGAGCAGGCACAAGAGAGCCAACUCUCUGUUUGAGGAGAGCAAGAAGGGCAACCUGGAGAGGGAGUGCAUCGAGGAGCUGUGCAACAAGGAGGAGGCCAGGGAGAUCUUUGAGAACCAUCCAGAGACUGAAUACUUCUACCCCAAAUAUGUUGCUUGUCUGGGUUCACAUCGUGUCGGCAUCAGCAACCAGAACUCGGAUGCUAUCCCCUCAGACCUUCGCACCUGUGUGAGAGAGAUCAGUAACCAGUGCACACCACCUCCAUGCUACAAGGAGGGUACAAAGAGCUGUGUGGAUGGACAGGCCUCCUUCACCUGUGAGUGUAAACCCGGCUGGAAGGGGCCCCGCUGCGAGGACGACAUCGAUGAGUGUUCAGAUCCUGAGUUUCCAGCGGGAUGUAACCACAAAUGUUACAACUUACCCGGUAGUUUCCACUGCAUGUGUGAAGAUGGCUACUUCAUCACUGACAAAGUCAACUGCGUGGAUAAAGAUGAAUGCCUGAUGUACCCCAGUCUCUGUAAAGAACCGGCUAAAUGUGUCAACACGCCGGGCAUGUAUGAGUGCCGAUGUCCCCUGGGUUUCAAAUAUAACUUCACUUCCAAGACCUGCAACGAUAUAGAUGAGUGCGAGUUGAAUGUUUGCGACGGGACUUGUAUAAACACAGUGGGCAGCUAUGCGUGUCACUGUGAUGGUCGUCAGGGUCUCCAUUUGGCGGAGGAUGAGCGGUACUGUAAAAGAAUCCCUGUUUGUGUGGAGCUGUACGACCACAGACACAAUGAGAUGCUUUACCUGGGGGAGCAGUUUGCAGGCCUUCCUGUCAUCUAUCUGCGCUUCCGUCUGCCGGAGAACACAAAGUUUGCAGCAGAGUUUGAUUUCCGUACAUUUGACCCAGAGGGAGUUGUGCUGUACGCAGAGUCCUCGCAGGACUCGUGGUUCAUGUUGGGGCUAAGAGGCGGACAGAUCGAAAUCCAGUUCAAAAACCAGCACACAUCCAAGGUCACCAGCGGGGGUAAAGCCAUCAAUGAUGGACAGUGGCAUGUGAUCUCUGUGGAUGAACUGGAGAGCAGCAUCAGCGUGAAGAUCAGCAAGGAAGCUGUGAUGAGCAUCAACAGCCCUGACAGUCUCUUUACUUCAGUUAACGGCAAACUGGAAACCAAGGUCUACAUCGCUGGUCUGCCCAACCGCACUGACAACAUCAUCAAACCUAUCAACCCCCGACUUGACGGCUGCAUCCGGGGCUGGAACCUGAUGAAUCAGGGAGCAUCUGGGGUAAAGGAGGUCAUCCGUGAGAAGAGGAGCAAACAGUGCUUUGUGCACGUGGAACGAGGGUCUUUCUUCACUGGCGCAGGACUGGCAAAGUUCGACAUUGACUACAGUGAUUCUGGGAGCUGGAAUGUGGAUAUAAAGAUGAACAUACGUCCGUCUAGCAGCACAGGUGUACUCUUUGCUCUUGUCCAAAACAACAUGGUCCCCCUGUCAGUCGCUGUGGUAACGCAGGGAGAAGAUGCUAACCUGCAAGUGUUCUUGGACGGUGUCUCCGUGGCAACGCUGGACUCACUGAUGUUGUGUUACCCUGACCGGAUGACAGUGCAGCUGAAUGUGACUCCCAAAGAAAUCCAAAUCUCAGCCAAUACCUCCACUGUUACCUACAUGAGGUCUGAUGCCCUGUGGGACGCACUGAAGCACCUCAACAGCACCAUGCAGAACCCCAUCAGUACAUACAUUGGUGGGAUACCAGUUGAUGUCCCUUUACCUGCCACCCCAGUGACGGCCUUUUACCACGGCUGCAUGGACAUCACUAUCAACGGCCAGCAGCUGGACUUCGACAUGGCUCUCAGCAAACAUAACAGUAUUAAGUCCCAUUCCUGUCCUCCUGUGUCUGCCCCUGAGAGAUACCCUGACGCACCGUUCCCGCACAGAAAGUGACCUUAAUUAACAUAGCAUUAAAAAGCCCUCACAUUAGGCAGCAUCCCACAGCGGCCGCUUCUUGGGAUAUUUCGGAAAGAGAGAUAUAUAAGAGGAGAGGUGAUGGGAGGGAGGAAGGGGGCGGGAAAGAAGUGACAAGAAGAGGAUACAGAGGUACACGGUUAUGGAUUUAAAAAAAAAUUGUGGCAACUUUCGCUGAUGGGUUAAUUCUAAGCUUUGUCUUGGGCUUUUCAUCCAUACAGUAUAAUUGUUACAGUCCUUUUUUUUUUUUUUGUGAGCCACAAUGAAAGCUUGCUUGCCAAUGAGCUAGUUGGAAGCUGGAUGACGUAGUUGUAGCAGUUUGUUGCAAUGCAUUAAAUGCUUUCCAAGAAACGGAAAAGAUUUUGAGUUUGAGUAUGAAAAGAGCUGAGCUCUGUGGCACCCCAUACCAUGUGUUGAGCAAGAUAUGGUUAUGUUUGUGUAGAAAAAUAAACAAAUGGUCACUGUUGACCAGGCUUUGAGACCA